AUGCGCCCUGGCUACCUGGCCAAGGGAACGUCCCUUUGGCUGACUGUUCGGGCUCAGCUGCUGCGGAAAAGCAGCAUCAACAUCCUGCCGCCCAACAUGUCGGAGCUGAGGCUCAUCCUGCUGGGGAACAGCUGGGCUGAGAAGAGUUUAAUAGCAAACUUCAUUUUAUCAAAGACGGCCUUCAACAUCCUGGAGGAGCCGGCGUCCUGCGUGGUGGCCUGUGAGAAGGUCCACAAGGCCCAAGUGUCUGUGGUCAACACCCCUGACCUGCUCUACCCGAGCAUCUCAGAGGAACAACUGAAGGAACACCUCCAGAACUGUGUGAGACUCUCUGAUCCUGGACCUCACGUGUUCCUGCUGGUGGUUCAGCCUGCAAACUUCUCAGAGGAACACAAGAAACGGCUCUACAAGAUCCUGCAGCUGUUCAGCAGUAACUCCUUCAACCACUCGCUGGUGCUGAUAGCCACGCCCAGAGGGUCGGAGUCUGGCUCCUAUUACUCUCCGUUCUACCACCGGCCUCUGCAGGACCUGAUCAGACGCUGCAACAACAGGUCGCUCACGCUGAGACAACACAGCAUGCAUGAGCUGCUCAUCAAUCUGAGUCAGAGUCUGGAGGUGAACAACGGAAAGCACGUCGUCUGUGAGAAUCCCAGUUUACAGCCUCCUAAAGGACUUCCUGUGUCUCCAGCCUCUGCUCCUCCUGCUGGUUUACAACAGAAACCCCGGGUUUCCUCUGGUGAAGACUUUACUUCAGAAAGUGUAUUUAUUCUUGUGCCCGUGCUUCUAAAGUUCAAUCUGAUUUUUGUGACUUUUAUUUGCACAGGUGAUGAGUCGAGUCCAGACACGCUCAGGAUCGUUCUGAUCGGGAAGACCGGCUCUGGGAAGAGCUCCUCGGGAAACACCAUCCUGGGAAGAAAAGAGUUUCAGGCCAAACCAAGUCAAAAAUCCGUCACAAAGGAAUGCUUCAAGGCACAGAGCGAAGUCGACGGUCGUCCGGUUUCCGUGGUCGACACUCCCGGUUUGUUCGACAACAGCUUAUCCCACGAAGAGGUCGGGGAGGAGCUGGUGAAGUGCAUCAAGCUUCUGGCUCCGGGACCGCACGUCUUCCUGUUGGUGAUGCAAAUCGACAGAUUCACACCGGAACAGAGAGAAACUCUGAAACACAUCAAGAGCGUCUUUGGGAAGAACGCUGAGAAGUUCACCAUCGUCCUUUUAACUGGAGGAGACAACCUGGAAGCGAGCGACGUCUCCAUCCAGGAGUACAUCGACAACGAGGGCGUGGAUUCGUUCAAGAAGCUGAUCUCCGACUGCGGCGGGAGGUUCCACGUGUUUGACAAUCGGAGUAAAGAUCCGGCUCAGGUCCACCAGCUGAUGAGGAAGAUCGACGGCAUGGUGAAGGAAAACGGAGACCGCUGCUACACCAACGAGCUGCUGCAACGGGCAGAAGCUGCCAUUCAGAAGAAGGUGCAGGAGAUCCUGAAAGAGAGAGAGGAAGAAAUGAACAACAGGAUGGAAGAACUGGAAAGAAAACAUCAGGCAGAAAAACGAGUCAUGAUGGAAAAACUAGAAGAAGAGCGAGCUGAGAUGGAGCAGGAGAGGAAGCAACUCCAGCAAAUGGAGGAAAUCCUCAAAGAGGAACAAGAGCAGCAACAAAAAGAACAAGGAAUCAGAGAGGAAGAGGAAAGACGAAGAAGACAGGAGGAAGAACGACAACAGCUGACGUGGUUAGAAGAACUAACGGCUCUGGAGAAAAGAAUCCAGUCAGAGUCUGAGGAGAAAGAAAUGAUCGACCAGAAGCUAGAGAGCGCGAGAGCAGAACUGGAGGAAAAACGACAAGUGAUGGAGAAGGAGAAACGAGAGUGGUGGGACAAAAGACAACAAGAAGAAGAGAAGAGGCAAGAGAGGGAGGACAGCAGGAUUCAGAACCUCCGAGACGAAUACGAAAGGAAGAAAGAAAAGUAUGAAAAACUGAAGAUCGUGGAGGAAGCCAUGAGGAGACAAGUUCACGAGAAAGAGCUGAGAGACUUGGAGGAGAAGUACAAGAGGGACAUCGAGAACAUGAAGAAGAAAUUCUACGAAGGGGUCAGAAAGCAGGCGGAGCUCCGAGGGAAAUACAAGCUCUUCGAUCCGUUUCUUCCUGCCGUGGAUUUAAUGGAUAAAAUCUGUAAAAUCCAGUAA